GUGAUCAAACGGGUAGAGAUGCGGGGCGCUGUUACUUAUCAGUCCUAACCUGCUCCGUUAUUCUGCCAUGCGACCUUUCCGUGGAUUCAGCUUCCUCGGUAGGGAAUCUGAAAGUAAUGGUUCUAAUCCUUGAUUGGUAUACUUCUGUUGGAAGCUGUGAGAUAGGACGCCAGCUUAUUAAACUACGAACGUACUACAGGGGAAGUGGUUGAUGUCGAAGUAGAAUCUUCGAAUUGAUACGUUGAAACAAGUUUUGAGGAGAUGGAUUCAUCUCAAAGAAAUUCCACACAUGAAGACAUAGAUGGUGGCUGGGAGCUCGAAGAUGGAAAAAGUACUGUAUGUAGUCAGAUCGCGGAUCUUCCUCUCAUCGUGGUAGGCGAGAUAGUUGGAGUUCUGCGUGCGAAAGGAAUUGAAGAACUGAACUUCUCACAGUCUCAGCGCUCAACUUUCUAUCCGCCCUUGCUGGGCUACAAGCAUCGAUUUCAAACGCAGUAGGAACAGUGGGUUCAACCUCCUCGACACUUUCACAUUGUAGCGAGAAUUAUGCAUACUUUUGUCAGUAAAAUGGAACAUUAUCUAUAAUCAG